UACCUCAAUCUCGAUCGGGCUACAAUACAUUCACCAAUGGCUUCCCCCCAAAACUUUAGCUUUGAAAGCCAAAUUUCCACUGAGCUUCUUAUAGCUCGCAUUAUGCAACUCCAUGAAAGCAUAUCCAAGCUCGGGUCGCUUAGGCCUUCGAAGCAAGUCAAUAGCCUUUUCACUCAUCUUGUCAAACUUUGUACUCUCCCAUCAUCCAUAGACAUUAUGGCUUUACCCCAAGAUGUUCAAAUCAUGCGCAAAAGUCUGAUUGAUCUAAGUGGCCGUGCUGAAGGCUAUCUAGAGCUUGAGUUCUCAACAUUCCUAUCCAAAGUUCCUCAACCGCUAAACAAUCUCAAUCUCUUCCCCUACUAUGAAAACUACGUCAAAUUAGCCAACAUGGAAUAUGAAAUCCUAAAUGAAAACGGGGUCGUGCAACCCAAAAAUGUCGCCUUCGUGGGGUCUGGUCCAAUGCCUCUCACCUCCAUCAUAAUGGCUACCCAUCACAUGAAAUCUGCUCACUUUGACAACUUUGAUAUCGAUGAGAAGGCAAAUGAGGUUGCUAGCAGGAUUGUUGCUUCGGAUGCUGAGCUUGAAAAGAGGAUGAAAUUCGUGACAUGCAACAUAAUGCAUGUCAGAGAGGAGCUUGGGGAUUAUGAUUGCAUAUUUUUGGCAGCCCUUGUGGGGAUGAGCAGUGAAGAGAAAGUGAAGAUUCUUGGACACGUGAGGAAGUACAUGAAGCAAGGAGGCAUUUUGCUGGUGAGGAGUGCAAAAGGGGCUCGAGCAUUCUUGUAUCCCGUUGUUGAGGAGAAUGACUUGGUGGGCUUUGAGGUCCUAUCUAUCUUUCAUCCAACUAAUGACGUGAUCAACUCAGUUGUUCUGGUGCGCAAGCCCACCCUUUAUUGCUGA